GCCUGCGCUUGCGCUCGCGCCUGCGGUCCAGGAUGGGCUGGCGCCGGGUCUGGGUCUUUAGCCUGCCCCUCUGGGCAGCGGGCCAUGGUAGAUCGGAUUGAACCCGGUCGGGCAGGGGCGCCGGCCUGGACAGGGUGACAGUGAAAGGCGGCGAAGGCUGCAGGGCACGAUUUAUGUGUGGAGAGUUCGGCAGUUUGCAGGUCUGCAUCAUCUUGGAUUUGCUGCACAGCUGCAUAGUGUGAUGAGCCAUGCGGAGCCAGCGGAGCCUGCUGCUGGGCCCCGCCCGCCUCUGUCUGCGCCUGCUCCUGCUCCUGGGCUACAGGCGCCGCUGCCCACCUCUGCUCCGGGGCCUGGUACAGCGUUGGCGCUACGGCAAGGUCUGCCUGCGCUCCCUGCUGUACAACUCCUUCGGGGGCAGCGACACUGCUGUCGAUGCUGCCUUUGAGCCCGUCUACUGGCUGGUGGACAACGUGAUCCGCUGGUGUGGGGUGGUGUUCGUGGUGCUGGUGAUCGUGCUGACCAGCUCCAUUGUGGCCAUUGCCUACCUGUGCGUCCUGCCCCUCAUCCUCCAAACUUACUCAGUGCCACGACUCUGCUGGCAUUUCUUCUACAGUCACUGGAACCUGAUCCUCAUCGUCUUCCAUUACUACCAGGCCAUUACCACUCCACCUGGAUACCCACCCCAGGGCAGGAAUGAUAUUGCAACAGUGUCCAUCUGUAAGAAGUGCAUUUACCCCAAGCCAGCCCGAACACACCACUGCAGCAUCUGCAAUAGGUGUGUGCUGAAGAUGGAUCAUCACUGCCCCUGGCUAAACAACUGUGUGGGCCACUAUAACCAUCGGUACUUCUUCUCUUUCUGCUUUUUCAUGACUCUGGGCUGUGUGUACUGCAGUUACGGCAGUUGGGACCUUUUCCGGGAGGCUUAUGCUGCCAUCGAGAAAAUGAAACAACUCGACAAGAGCAGACUACCGGCUGUUGCCAACCAGACUUAUCACCAGACCCCACCGCCUACCUUCUCCUUCCGAGAAAGGGUGACUCACAAGAGUCUUGUCUACCUCUGGUUCCUGUGCAGUUCCGUAGCACUUGCCCUGGGUGCCCUAACUAUGUGGCAUGCUGUUCUCAUCAGUCGGGGUGAGACUAGUAUUGAAAGGCACAUCAACAGGAAGGAGAGACGUCGGCUGCAGGCCAAGGGCAGAAUUUUCAAGAAUCAUUACAACUAUGGCUGCUUGGACAACUGGAAGGUAUUCCUGGGUGUGGACACGGGAAGGCACUGGCUCACUAGGGUGCUUUUACCUUCCAGUCACCUGCCCCACGGGAACGGAAUGAGCUGGGACCCGCCGCCCUGGGUGACUGCUCACUCAGCCUCUGUGAUGGCAGUGUGAACUGGAGUGUGUCAGCUA